AUACGAACAGAGUAUUCUUAGUAUUCUGGAUGGUGUGUAUAGAGUGUGGCUCGUCGUGGUGAAUAUAUCGUCUUCUCGCUUUGGAGGUGCUUGGAGUCGUCGUCCUCGGCUGCUCGGACGCCAGAGUCGCUCUACCGAUGUUGGCGGAGCGGCAUACGAGAGGGAAAGAGAGUGGGAAAGGGAGAAAAGAGUGAAGAGGACGAGGAGAGGGAAAGGAAGAGAGGGGGCAGGCGGAAUGUCCAAUAUACCAGACGCCAAAGCGAUAUGCCACGAGUAUAACGGUGAAGCUCUCACUCCGGGCGAGUCUCCCGCAAAGUUAUUUUUUCGUAUGGCUCCUUUCGGGAGUCUACAGCGAAAUAAGCUUCUUUGUGAAUAAUAAAAAAAAAAAAAAAAUAAAAAACUGUACCACGCUCGUUCGACGUAGCGUGUCGUUUAUUCAGAAAAAUUUUUCCAAAUCGUGUAUAAAUGCCUCGUCAAAAUAAAUAAAAAGUAUCUACCGACGAUAUAUAGGAGAAGCUUCAUUCAGUGCGGAUGAAUAAUAAAGAUAAAAAAUUCGCGAGUGAACGAUCCAAGAGGAUUAUAAUACAAAAGAGCACAAGAUGAUGGUAAUAAGUGCAUUGAAACAGGUGGCAACGGCGGCUACGAACGCAGUUCAUUCGGCCACCGGAGCUGGUAACAGUCAUGCCAACACUUCCGGUACCCCAUCUUCGAGCAUCAUGCCGGGCGGCAUGCCAGGAACACCGUCCUCCAAGGCAAAGGACAAAAUUAUGUUAAGAACAAAAGUGGUCGUAGCCCUGUACCCUUUCCGAGCGAUCGAAGGUGGCGACUUGUCGCUUGAGAAGGGUGCUGAAUACGAGGUUUUGGACGAUUCUCAAGAGCAUUGGUGGAAGGUCAAAGACGAGCAUGGAUCAAUUGGAUAUAUACCGAGCAAUUACGUAAAAGAGAAGGAGCUCUUGGGUCUUCAAAAAUACGAAUGGUACGUCGGCGAUAUGUCUCGACAAAGAGCCGAGUCGCUGCUGAAACAGGAGGACAAAGAGGGUUGUUUCGUUGUACGAAAUUCAUCCACCAAAGGACUCUACACGCUUUCUCUGUACACUAAAGUCCCGCACCCUCACGUGAAGCAUUACCACAUAAAACAAAAUACAAGGGGAGAGUUUUAUCUCUCGGAAAAACAUUGUUGCGGCUCGAUCCCGGACCUCGUGAAUUAUCAUCGACACAAUAGCGGUGGGCUCGCCAGCAGGCUGAAAACGAGUCCGUGCGAUCGUCCUGUACCACCGACAGCUGGUCUCAGUCACGACAAGUGGGAGAUAGAUCCGGCAGAGCUUCAUCUUUUGGAGGAGCUCGGAUCCGGCCAAUUCGGGGUUGUUCGAAGAGGCAAAUGGCGAGGGUCGAUCGAUGUUGCGGUGAAAAUGAUGAAAGAAGGAACUAUGUCCGAGGACGAUUUUAUCGAAGAAGCUAAAGUGAUGACAAAACUCCAGCAUCAAAACUUGGUACAACUUUACGGAGUUUGCAGCAAAGAUAGACCGAUAUACAUAGUCACAGAGUACAUGAGACACGGAUCCCUACUCAACUACUUGCGUCGGCACGAGGCCUCGUUGGGUGCCAAUGUGGGCCUCCUCUUGGAUAUGUGCAUACAGGUAUGCAAAGGAAUGGCCUACCUCGAAAGGCAUAAUUACAUUCACAGGGAUCUUGCAGCUCGCAACUGUCUAGUGGGAUCUGAAAAUGUGGUCAAAGUAGCAGAUUUCGGACUGGCCAGAUACGUUCUCGAUGACCAAUAUACGAGCAGCGGAGGUACAAAGUUCCCCAUCAAAUGGGCACCACCGGAGGUGUUGAAUUACACGCGAUUUAGCUCCAAAUCUGAUGUCUGGGCAUACGGCGUUCUCAUGUGGGAGGUUUUUACUUGUGGAAAAAUGCCGUAUGGCCGGCUAAAGAAUACCGAGGUCGUCGAGCGCGUACAGCGAGGAAUAAUAUUAGAGCGACCGAAGACUUGUUUCAAGGAAGUUUACGAGGUAAUGAAAAAAUGCUGGGCACACAGCCCCGAGGUACGACCAUCGUUCCGUGUCUUGAAGGAACAGCUAAUUAACGUAUCACAGGGUUUGCUCAAUGAUUGACUCAACCUUCUGCGGUGUUUGCGGCUAUCAUCACCCAACGCUCGAACGAUAUUGGCCCCGAAAUCACCAUCACUCGAUCGUUCACCAUCGAUAAUACCGUCGUUAAGUUCAUCGUAUAACUCCGCAACGCUACCGGCAUCGCAUAAAAUUCGGGGCCCUGCGUCAUUGCCAACUUCAUCGGACUUUUUACAUCUUUCGUCUUCCACCUCCUGCAAAUACAAAAGAGAAGGUUCAUCGUCCCCGAGUACACCCGGUCAUUUAGCUAGUCAACCAUCCUCGAGCUCCACAAGUGUUUGUGGCAUUUGCAGUUCCUACGGUCAUCCGUGGGUCGAUAUCUGCAACGCGAUUCGAGCCACCAAGGGCAAAUGACCUCGUAAGUUCUAAUUUUCUCAUAUAUGAGCCCCCAAAGAUUCAUUUCGAAGUUUUCACCAAAGCUGAAAACGAGUUUACUCACGACAAAGUAUCUUUCAGUAGAAUUUCAAUAAGAAAAUAUACUUAACAGUAUUAUCAUCAUUGCAAACGCGAACUUAAUUUGACUUCAUUUCUUAUUAAAUUUUUUAAAAUACUCGACGUGUCAUAAACAUGAAAGUAUUCCAACGACAGUGGGUCAGUACCUCGACAAACAACGAGAAAUUUCUUUCCAAUUCUUUGAAUAUAUAUUUUUCGUCGAAUGAUAAUUUUCUCGAAAUUUUAAGAGAAUUAUAAAAUCGUCGAUAUUUUGUCACUGCUAAUUCAAUGAAAAGGCUCGCUCAUGAGAAUUAGGACCUACGAGGAAAUAUACGUCGGAAUGAUCAACGAAGAUAAAAAAUGAUAAAACGCUUUGCUGAACCUCGGACAGUCCAAAAGCCAUUAAAACGCAUGAACGAGUUAUAUUUUUUGUCGAAACUGUUCGCUUUACAAUUGUCUUCGGGCUCUACUAAUCGCGGAUGAAAAAAUGAGUUUUUCAUCUCCCUCGAAAUCACUGCGAACAUUAAACUCAAUAUGGUCCAUUGUUUCGUGCGUUCCAACACGGCUUUACGAUUUGAUAACAACGAACAUCGGGAAUCAUAUACGAAUAUAUAAACAAUGUCAAUGGGAUAAAUGUAACGAACCACAUUCGAGUAUCAUUAGAGAUAAUAACGUAUCAUCCGCCUUGAAAAUAUAAGUAGUUCAACAUCGAUUAUCGUUCCUCGUGAAAUAAUUUCAGUGCAUCAAGUGCGCGUAAACAUCGUACGGUUAAGAAGAAUGAUUUAAAGAAACAAAGAUACGCAAUAAAUAGAUAGUAAACCGAUGUAUUUAGAUUUUUGCCUUACGGAGGGGUCACAAACGCCCUGGUGUACAUAUUAAUUAAGCUUAGUUUUAUCAGUCAAUAAAACAGCAGCGUUGAGACUUGGUACAUAGAAAUAUCGAGACACCUGCGAUUUAGAACGAAAAAAAAAAUAUAUAUAUUAUAUGACAGGAAUAAAAAUUCUUGACAGAAUUUUCAAUUGUCGUUGUUUACGAAACAGAUUAUUUUAAUUUUUUUCGUUCGUAGGUUUGCUGCACGAAAAAUAUAAUUAGGGGAAUGUCGUUUCGAACUAUGUGAUUUAGUAAAGUAUAAUAUGAAAAUACAGACGAAGUCUGCAAAAAGUAAACUACACCAGUUUCGAGAGGUGAUAGAUUGCAUCGAGAAUUUUCGCGGAGUUUUGUGUCUCGGAAAUCCGAAAUUGAGGAAAAAGCUACGAAAGUCUCGGUUCAAAGUGGAAAUAGAGCAGUUUGAACAGAUAAUCCUCAAAUGUUUUGAUUUAUUUUGAAUAAGUUCAGUUGAAAUAUACACGUCGCAUCGUCAUACCAUCUUCCAUUGAUUUUGAGUUAACGAAACGAAUGUGUAACGAAAGAGAACGAGCUGAUGAGCACGAAUCGUAGUUUUGCGAAAAAGUAAAAACAAUGAAGUUGUUACUUAGAAAGUGCAGGCCUAGCUGCAUCGACGAACGAUCGAUUAAACGAUUUAGACAACGUAAAUAUCUACAUUUAUAAUCCGCGAUAUAAUGUGGAUCCUGUCAAGACAAUAUACAUAUGCAAGUCCUUAAGGCAUAAGGUUAGUCCUCAUUGGAAGAAAAAAAAAGAUGAAAAAUAAAAAUGAGAAGGAAGUAGGAACAUUGACGAGAGGCAAGAAGCAUCAGCAAGUCUUAAUGGCAACGUUAUUUAUUUGAUUACACUAAAACUGCUCUUCCGUUUUCCCUUGCAUAUCUCUUGGGUUUCACUACCCACUGAAUCUAAUCCUGGCAGUUGUGUAUAAUGAGAAAAAUAUUUUUUCAAGUAUCGACCGAUUUACAGCAAUCACGCUGUUUUCACUGUUCGUUAGUGCGGAACAGAAGAUUUUUACCAGAUUGCAAUGAAAAUAUUGAAGAAACGAAGAAACAAAAAGCUUGUCCUUUCUUACGUGAAUCUCGAUUACUGUUUUUAUAACGAUUAAUACAUUCAUCUUGUAUAGAUUCAAACAUUUACGCUUAUUACUCUUCGAUUGCAUUUUAUGGGUUAUGGAAUACGGUAUUAACUCUCGCUGUGCAGAUUUCGAGAACGUUCUACACAUGUUUCUUGGUCAAAAUUAUUGUUGAAUCAAAAAUUCAAAAUUUUUUAUUCGAACGAGACUUGGCAAUGUUCAAAUGUUUUUAAAAUUUUACACCCAUGGAUUUGCAAUCCUGAUUUCUGAAAUGUACAUGCAAUUUCUUCGAAUAUUAUUUCUCUUGUGAUUUUUUUAUUUGGAACUGUUAUAGAAAACAAGUAGAUGAAAAUCGUGAUUUUUCUACAUGUUUGUCGGAAAAAAUUCGAUAUCGUAUUAAUGACGUUACGAAGGCUUUAGACAGUCUUUCCAGUACUUGUGUAGAGAGAAGUGAAAAAGUGUAAUUUCGGAGUAGGAAUAAGGCGGGGAAAAUUCUUCCGUUUUAUAGAAAAUCAACAAAUUAAUUUUUUCAUACCUCUGGCGAACCAGCAAGUACUGACAUUUCAAAGGAAGAAAAUCUUUGACAUCGAUACAUGUGUAAUCAUUCCUUAAUCUACUAUAAUUUUGAGAUAAAGUGUUUUAUCAGUUGAAUUUAUCAGUAUAUUAGUUAGAUUUAUAUAUAUGUGUGUAUUCGAAGGUUUGUUUCUUGAGCCGGCAACUACGGCCUCUGUCAUGAUCAAAAUUGGACAUUCACAGAGUCCAUUCCAGAGUGUUUAUCAUUGAUUUUCCUCAUAAAUAAACAAAAGGUGGGAACAAGGUUUCAACGUUUGAUCAAAUCGUACCAUUCGCUCUAACUCAAUUUAUCGUCAAAAGUUCUCAUUGGUAGAUCAUAAGCUAGGAUUAAAUCUUUGAAUAUCAAAUUUAUCUCUUGUAACUAAUGAAAAAAAAAGAAGGACAAACAAAAAACGUACAUCUAUUUUGUAACGGGAGCUCGAGUUGAAUGAAAUAUUUCUCUAGAAAUCCAUUACGUUUUUCACAGCGAGAAUGUUCAUUCAAGAUCAAAAAGUACAUUUAUAUCGAACGGAAAAACUGUAUUCGUGUAGUAUCGGAUAGUUGUCUCGUGCCGAAAUGGUACGGCACAAAUUGAUUAUUCUUUUAGGGGUGUGAAUAAAUCGAAAACCUUCGGUAUUAUUUCGUCUUUUCCCAUCGUGGCUGUAGGAUUGCCUUGACACGAUAGAGAUUGGAUCCUGCGAUCUUCAAAGAGAAUAAAAAACAAUGUAUGUAUAGAAAAUUGUAGAAUUGGAUGGAAAAUUAGUAAAAAUGCCAAUUGCUAAGUUCCUUUUUCUUUUACUAGGAAAACGGAAAUCUCUCAGUACAGUGAUCAUUCAGAAAGUGUUUCAAUUAACCCGAAUCUCUUAUUUGUUUUCUGUUCCAUGAGACAGAUAAACGGAUAAAAAUCUUAUCACAAAUCCCAUUCACAAUCUCGUGAAAAACGAACCUUUUUUUUUGCACGAUUUUUUGCACUAUUGUACUUUAUGUGUGUGAAUCUUUAUAAAUUUUGUAUCAAACGAGUUUUAUCCUACGUACGAAACAAACAAACAAACAAAAACAAGUGAAACGACAAAGAAAACAAAAACCUCAACCACUUUCAUUGUAAAUAUGUACGGACUGCCAUUUUCAUUGUAUGUGAUAAAUAAAAUGUAUGUCUUUAACAAA